AUGUUACGAUCUCACAAUACAUACGGCGGCAUCCACACUGGACAAGCUAAAGCCAAGUCCCCCCAGUCCCAGGGCUUUUCCUGCUCACAGUGCCAGUUCUCCAACAGGAGAUGGCUCACCCUUCAGGAGCACAUCAAGAAGAACCAUCCAAAGGAGGACAGUGGGAUCCUGGGCUCUGGAGAAGCUGGAGCUGAGAACAACGUCMUGCCUGUCAGUGAGACGGAAAGCUCCUCAGCCAAGAAGACCAGGAAGAACAAGUACAUCUGCUCCCAGUGUGGGAAGGGUCACAAAUGUUCAUAUGAGCUGAGACGACAYGAAACCGUUCACUCUGAGGUGAAGCCCUUCCAGUGUGGCCAGUGUGAGAAGAGAUACAAAACAAAGGUGGCUCUAAAACAGCACCAUCGWGUUCACACUGGAGAAAGGCCAUAUGUUUGCUCACAUUGUGGCAGAGGCUUUAGGUCUGCAGGAACUUUACAAUCGCAUGUACGCACCCACACCGGGGAGCGACCUUUUGUCUGUUCUAUAUGUGGGAAGGGAUUUAUUCAACAUCAAAUACUGAUAGGUCACCUCCGGUGGCAUAGAGGGGAGAARCCGUUCUUAUGUACCGUUUGUGGAAAGAGUUUUAGUACUUCAGGUGCCUUGUUGGUACACUCMCGAACACACACGGAUGAACGCCCCAAAAGCUGUGAGCAUUGUGGGAAGAGGUUUAGAAGAUGUUACGAUCUCACAAUACAUCGGCGGAUCCACACUGGUGAGCGGCCGUUCUCCUGCACACAGUGCGACAAAUGCUUCACGUCCCACAGUGACCUUAGCAGACACAUGCGAAUUCAUACAGGAGAGAAACCUUACCAGUGUAAAAUGUGCGGUAGGAGAUUCACUGAAAGCGGCAACCUGAAAGUACACCAGCGGGUUCAUCGGGGAACAGCCACAAAUGUACGGGUUUCAGUGUGUAAUAUCAGUACGGCCCACCACAAGUCACCAAGUGUAGCAAGAAAGAAGGAAAGAAAGAAAGACAAUGUUCCACCACUCCUUGUUGGACAGGAGUUGCCGUAGGCACAGUGUUAUCCAUGUUUUAAGAACACACAUUUUGGAACAGUUAUGAUUCCCGGGCCAUAAAAAAUACUUUAUUUCAUAAUAAGUUGACUUAUAUUGUAAUAACUUUCUCAUAGUAGCAAGAUAAUUGGCUAUUUUGGGAUAGCGAGGCAUUUAAUGACAGUGUAAUAUGAUUUUUCUCGUAAUAUUGAUGUAAUUAGUUACUUUGUUUCUCUAGGUGGUAGCUUUUCAACAACAUAUUAGGUAAUCACACAAACAUAUUCACUGUAUCCUGCCCACUCAGUCACUGAAAUGAAAGUUUGUCAGUCAGGUAGGGUCAAACAUUUCAUAAUAGAUUGAUACAGGAGUACUGUUUUUGCGGAAUUACACAGCAAGGUAAUAUUACAUUUGCCAUGUGGCCCCUGAAGAAAAUGAGUUAGCUCAAUGUCCCUCAAGACCAGGAAUCUAUGUACAGGACUAUGUUGGUGAAGAUAGUGAUGCUCGUUAGAUCUAUAGUUUGACUAAGGUGACUUGGCUAAACCAGUGGUUCCCAACCGGCAAAACUUUUCCUAAUCUUGAUAAUAAUAAAGAAAAUAUUAACACUCA